GGCACAUAUCCCAGUUCCGUCAACUGGAUUCAACUGGUACCAGUUGUUUCCAGUAGAUAUCAAUUAAAAAACCAACUGGUUUCAACUGUUUUUUCGACCUGGGAGGUCCAUGGUUACCCCAAUUAGCCCUCUCUGUUCAUCACUUACGGGGUUUUCCCCAAAUUUUGUUUAUCAUGCAUCUUGCAUGACGACUUCGAACGACCAACGCGAACGUACGUACGUGACGCGUUAUCACGCGAAUCGUCAACUUGUACUGCAUGUAGUUAUGCGGCUUCCCAAGCUAGUGACCAGUUCUUCCUAAACAGAACGAGUCACAUAUCUACCUUGCUUGAGGAAAUGUGAUAAGUCUGCCAUAGCACCUGGUUGGUUGAAUAAACAAGGAUGGCUUUCAAUGAGGACAUCAUCAAGCCAUGGGGGCUCUUUCUCCUGGAUAUAGCUAAAGAGGUUACAAAUGAGGAAAUUAGAGACAUCAAGCUCAUCCUUGGAGACAAGCUUACUGGAAGAGAAAAGGACUCGAUCAGUGAACCAGUCGAUUUGUUAGAACUGCUGGAGGGUAAAGGACUGAUUAGCGAAGAUAAAACAGCUUUAUUACGAGAGUUGUUCAAAAAGGCAGAAUAUAACGAGCUUAUCCCAAGGCUCAACGAGUAUGAAGCCAAUAGGAAAGAGUACUUGGAGAAGGUUAGCAUGUUGGCCGGCAGGCGUGACCCUCUGUUCGUUGGGCGUGACUCCUACAUCAGAAUCAUCUUGGACUUCUUCAAGGAGGCGCGGCAUCCAGGGGUGCGGUGUGUCUGCCUCUGGGGGAUGGCAGGGACCGGUAAGACCAAGCUAGGGGCGGAGACAUGCACCAUCUAUGCUGAAAUGAUGGACAACCCUAAACCAAGGCUAGUGUUGGUAGACCUGAACAAGAAGGAUUCCAUUUCUGAUGUUGGCAUGGCGUUUUUGAGUUCCGUAGGAAAACCAGAAGAAGCAAACAAAUUCAAACUCCAUCUCGUCUACGACUGGAUAAAGUCAUGCAGAGAAGAAUAUAUCUUCCUGUUUGACAAUGCUGACGACCUGCUGAAGCCGACCUCACUGGCCAAAGACCAUUUCCAGAACAUGCUGAAACAAACUCUGGAGUUGCAACAAAACUCCAAUAUAAAAAUCAUCAUCACAUCAAGGUAUGCAGUGAAGUUUGCUCACCUGGACAACCAUCAGAACUUCCAUCAGAACUUCAAGGAGAUAGAAGUGCAAUCCCUAGAGAUGGAGGAAGCUGUUCAGCUCCUCUUCAAGUCGGUCCAGCAAGGUCCCCGGGGUAACUUACCGGUCAAAGGAGAGGAGCCGAUUACCGAGGAGAAGGCCAUGAAGCUGGCAGAGCACUGUGGGAAUAACCCUCAGGCGCUUCGAGCUGUGGCAAGCCAGCUUAUAUCAGGAAAGGACCCAGACACAGUGCUCCGGCUUCUCGCCAACCCGAUGAAGAUGAAACUGGUCCUCAACGAUCAGAGUCUGUGGGGUCUGGGCCAGGAUGCUACACAAGAGUCUGCCAGGGAAUCUAAUCAGGUUCUCAAGUGCCUUGGUGUGAUGUUUGAAGACAUGAACCCUAACCUCAAGCUACACCUCAUUCGUCUGGCCGUCCUCCCCGGUCUCUUCAGCCAAACCUGGGGUCUGAAAAUCCUUUCCGACGUGGACCAAGAGGGCUCCCGCCGCCAGUCCCUGUCCGACGAGCUGGAGUUUGAGCUCGAUGACGUCGCGGGAACGAGUCUACUUCUCCGAGAGUCUCUGGAUAUCUUUCAGUCUGGGGGUGGGAGGGACGCAAGGGCGAGAGAGAAGUUCUACUCCAUGCACCCCCUCGUGAGAUGCCUUUGUUUGAUGAAGGUGGAGGCGGAUGAGAAAAUGAAGAGGACCUUUCAGUCCGGUCUCCUUUCCUUCAUAGAUGAAUGCUUUCAGCAACUCAGGCAAUUCACUGCCUAUGAUGACGAGGAUGCCUGCGGAAGCUUACAGCGCCUUGAGAAGGAGAAGGCCAACAUCACCCAGUACCUUGAGCUUGAGAUGCAUAAGACCUUCAGCGGGAAACCACACCCCCUCACCAAGUAUCUCCCGGAGUACCCACAGGUCCUUCUCCGAUCCAACAUGGCCAGGGAGAGCGACAUCCUGGCAUUCAUGGAGCGGUUCAUGUUCACCAAGGAGAGAUCUAAGUUCUUCCGCCAAAGGGCGGAUGCUGCGAAGAUGUUCGGCGACAUGCCUGGAUGGGUCAACCAUCAGGGGUGGUUCGCCGAUCAGGAGCUGCAGCUUCACAAAUUCAAAGAGGCUGAGACUGCAAUCGCCAAUCCUAUGUCCUACUGUCAGACUCAGCUCACAAUGACCCCUGACCUCAGGGAAGGUUACAGUCAGUGUCUCUAUGUCAAAGGUAAUCUGUUAGUCCAGAAACCCCAGGCUAGGGGCCACAUGCAGAACAAGAUGCGAGAGGAAGGUACCAAGAUUCUCAAGGAGUGCAUCCAGGUGAGGCACCGUCACCUUGGAAACAGCCUCGUCAGUGCACGCAGUAUCAACGCUCUUGGUUCGGCAUACUUCAAGGGUAUGAAGUACGAAGAAGCCUUAGAGCAGCACAAGUUAGCCUUGGAAGUGCUAAAGACCGUUACCAAGAACCACCCAGAAACGCAUCCAGACUACACUUUCUAUCUGAUGAAUAUUGGUACCUGCUACCACGAGCUGGGCUACAGCUAUAGCCGAUCUAUCACCCAGAAGGAGAAGGGAAGGAGGUACUUUGAGCAAGCCAUCCGCACCUACAAAGAGGGCCAGGAGGCCCUUCGUGGAGUCGACCUGGACAAAACCUCCAUCAUGGGCACCAUGCUGAAGAACUUGGCCAUGACGUACUGCGAGAUGGAGGACUACAAGACGGCCCUGAACCACGCGGACCUGGCCACCGGUAUAAGGGUCAAGACCCUAGGAGACGAUCAUCCUGAUGUCGCCAGGGCGCACUACUUUGUGGGCUCCCUCUACAUGUCGCUAGGCGAACAGGAGAAAAAGGCUGGCAAGAAUAUUUUUGAGAUUGAGGAGUACAAGAAAGCGAAGGAGUGUUUUGACAGAGCCCUCAUUAUUGAGUUCAAGGUUGGGUAUGAACGACGCAGUCAGGACUAUAAUGAGCUCAAGGAGGACAUCGAGAAGCUAUUCAACAUCCUCAAUAAGAAGAGGGAAUGGCAACGAUACAGCCUCAAGUUCAAGGAACAUGAGAAAGGCCUUUUUGUUCCUGUCACUGAGCUUGAAGCUAGUUCUAGCUCAGCUGGCUCAGAGGCAAGUACUAGUUCAGCCGGAACCAAGUCAGAUAGACAGGACAGAAAGAGAGCUGGAGACAUUAUCAAGCCAUCAAGUCCAGGCAUUCCUGACAGCCCUCCUGACCCAAAGAAGUGUAAUGUUUCAUGAAAAGCGCCAAGGAAAUGAGACAUGAAAUGAAAUUACCGUAAAUGAUGUUAUCUUAGAUCCUGACGUUUUUAUACUACAUGUAUAUACAGACUCCCUGAACUUGGUUGUGCAUGAACCAGAUAUAGCUUUUAACAAUUUAUAUGCCAUACAAAGAUUCUUCAAGGGCCACAAUCUCUUUAUCAUGGAAUAGAUAUAGCCAAGGCUUUUAAGAUUAUUUAACUGUAUCCAGUGGAAGAUUAAUCUAUACCAGUGUUAAAAGGGUUGUCAUGGAGCUAAUCAAGACUUGAAGUGGGUGAUGUUGCAAAGUCAUUGUGUUGCACAAAGCAAUCCUUCUGCCAAUCGGUGACUAUUGUUUUAAUUGUGCAAAAGUGCAUGUAUGAGCAACCAUGCAGAAAGGUGAAGAAACAACCCAAGUGUUAUUUUAACUCUCUGAAACAAAAGCAGUUACAUGUAUGUAAAAAUAUGUACAUUGAAAGGUUAGUUCCCAUUUAAAAUAUUUUGGUCCUCCGUUGUACAACUUAACAAAGACUCAAAAUGCGUCAGGCCUAAUAGUUCAUUUAUGCUGAUUGUUUGUAAACUUAGUAGCCCAAUAGAGGUUAAGAGAACUACCUGUGCUGACACCAAACCUAUCAAGAAAUAAGUUGAAUGAAUAAAAAGCUCCAGAAGGCAUUUGCAUUCAAGGUAUACAGGUAGACCACUUUUGGAAAUGCCCCCUUCUCAAAAAUGGAAUAGAAGCUCUUAUUACCAAUCAUGUGAAAGAAUAUGUUUUGACUAAAUAAAUUUUGUCGGUAA